AUGGCUACGUUUCCUCCUCCUCCUGUUAAUACCAUUGACUGGGCCAACGUGGGCUUCAAGGUCCGCGAAGUCAAUGGCCAUGUUGAAUCUACCUACAGUAAAAGCACAGGAAAAUGGACUCCCCUUCGCUUCGUCGCCGAUCCCUUCAUGCGCAUCCACGGCAUGGCUCCCGCUCUUAACUACGGCCAGCAGGCUUACGAGGGCCUCAAGGCCUUCCGCACGCCCAACGACGAAGGCAUCACCAUCUUCCGCCCCGACCGCAACGCAAAGCGUCUGCAGCACUCCGCGGAAGUCGUCUCCAUGCCCCACGUCCCAGAGGACCUCUUCCUCGACGCCGUCCGCGCCGCCGUCGCCCUAAACGCAGGCUUCGUGCCUCCCCACGAGACAGGCGCUGCCCUGUACAUCCGUCCUCAGCUCUACGGCUCCAGCGCGCAGCUUGGACUCUCGCCGCCUGAGGAGUAUAUCUUUACCGUCUUUGUCAUCCCCACGGGUGUCUACCACGGCGCGCAUCCUGUAAAGGCACUCAUCCUUGAGGACUUUGAUCGCGCGGCGCCGCAUGGCACGGGGCAUGCCAAGGUCGGCGGGAACUACGCUCCUGUGCUGCGCUGGAGCGACAAGGCGCGUGACGAAGGCUACGGUAUCACGCUGCACCUCGAUAGUGUGCGGCACGAGGAGAUUGACGAGUUCAGCACGAGCGGCUUCAUCGGCGCAAAGGUCAACGGCGAUGAUGUCACGCUUGCUGUGCCCGACUCCAACGCUGUCAUUGAUAGUGUCACCAGCGAUAGCAUCCAGGAGCUGGGGCGUAGCUACGGGUGGAAGGUCGAGAAGCGGCCUAUCAAGUACCAGGAGCUCAAGGAGUUCAGCGAGGUCUUUGCAGCUGGUACGGCCGCAGCUCUUGUGCCCAUCCGAUCUAUCACGCGUCGUGUUGAUGGGAAGGAAGAGGUCGCAACGUAUAUCAAAGACGGAUCUGAGGAGCCUGGCCCGCUGUUUGAGAAGCUGCUCAAGCACCUCAAGGACAUCCAACUUGGCAGAGCUGAGGAUUCUUUCAAAUGGAGACUCCCAGUAGGUCCCAAGGACAUGGAGAUCGAGGGAGUUUCCAAGGGACAAAAUGGAGAUGCCACAACGGUGGAUCAGAUGGACUAA